AAAAAAAAAAUAAAAUAAAAUAAAGCCAGCCCCUCCCCUCAUGAAACUGCAGCCCCCUCCCCCGGCUGACUUUUUCCACAGUCCGGUGGCCCAGCAGAGCUCAGCGGUCAUGGCCGGCAGUCUGACCCACCACGGAUCCCCAAAGCCCGCGUACACGUCCAACAACAACGCGGUCCCGGUGCCGAUCAUCACGCAGACGGACUCAAGGGACAAAUGGAGCAAAAAGAUGGACUUUCUCCUGUCUGUCGUGGGCUUUGCUGUUGACCUGGGAAAUGUUUGGAGGUUUCCAUACAUAUGUUACCAGAACGGUGGCGGUGCUUUUCUCAUCCCGUAUAUUCUGAUGGCCAUCUUCGGGGGUGUGCCGCUCUUUUACAUGGAGCUGGCUCUGGGCCAGUUCCACAGAACCGGCGCCAUAUCCAUAUGGAAACACAUCUGCCCCAUUUUCAAAGGCAUCGGCUACGCCAUUUGCGUCAUCGCGCUGUACGUUUCCUUCUACUACAACACCAUCAUCGCCUGGGCGCUCUUCUAUUUCUACUCGUCCUUCUCGACCAUCCUGCCCUGGACGAACUGCGACAACGCGUGGAACACCGACAACUGCACCAACUACUUCGGCGUGGACAACGUCACCUGGACAAAUUCCUCCCGAUCCCCGGCGGAAGAGUUUUACACGAGGAACGUGCUGGAGAUCCACAAUUCGUCGGGUCUGGCCAAAGUGGGAGGUGUUCGCUGGCAGCUGAUGCUCUGCCUUUUUCUCAUUUUCACCAUCGUUUACUUCAGUCUCUGGAAGGGGGUGAAGACUUCUGGAAAGGUUGUAUGGGUGACGGCCACCCUGCCCUACAUCGUCCUUUUCAUCCUGCUGAUCCGCGGCGCCACCCUGCCAGGAGCUUGGAGAGGGGUCGUCUUUUACCUCAAACCCAAUUGGGAGAAGCUCCUGGAGACCAGCGUGUGGGUGGAUGCUGCUGCUCAGAUCUUCUUCUCCCUCGGUCCAGGUUUUGGGGUCCUCCUGGCACUCUCCAGCUAUAAUCCUUUCACUAACAACUGCUAUCGUGACGCCAUCGUGACCAGCUUGGUCAACUGCCUGACCAGUUUCGUGUCAGGCUUCGUCAUCUUCACAGUGUUGGGUUACAUGGCGGAGAUGAGAAACGUGAGGGUGGAGGAUGUGGCCAGAGAUAAAGGACCCAGUUUACUCUUCAUCACAUACCCCGAGGCCAUCGCCAAAAUGGUGGGAUCCACCUUCUUCGCCAUCAUCUUUUUUGUGAUGAUGAUCACUCUGGGACUGGACAGCACGUUCGGCGGCCUGGAGGCGAUCAUCACGGCUGUGUUGGACGAAUACCCCGAUCGUUUCGCUCAAAGACGGGAACUUUUUGUCCUGUGUUUGGUGCUGGUCUGCUUUCUGGGCUCUUUGAGUACUCUUACCAAUGGUGGGGCCUACGUGGUGAAGCUGCUGGAGGAGUUUGGCGUCGGGUGUUCCAUCAUCGCGGUGGGAUUCCUCGAGGCCAUCGCGGUUUCCUGGUUCUACGGCAUCAACAGGUUCAGCAAUGACGUCCAAGCCAUGCUGGGCAAGGCGCCAGGAAUGUUCUGGAAAGUGUGCUGGGUGGCCAUCAGUCCCGCAUUUCUGGCAUACAUCAUGGUGAGUUCAUUACUGAAGGCCCCGCUACUCACAUUGUUCGACUACAACUAUCCCGAAUGGAGCAUCACAGUCGGGUACGCCAUCGGUUUUUCGUCCUUGAUGUGGAUCCCCAUUUACAUGAUAUACAAGAUGGUGUGGACGCCAGGAUCUCUUAAGCAGAGGUUGGCCGUGUGUCUGAGACCGGAGAGGACCUUACCGGACAUCCACGGCGAAAGCCUCAACAUGGCCAUCGACCCGUAAGAAAAGGACUAAAAAGCGCCAAACGUCACGACUGUUUGCGGUUUAGGAGGUCAGCGUUUUAUUUUUAGUUUAGUUUUUUUUAACUUAUCAAGGCAACGCUGUGUUGAAAGGCACCUUUUUUCUUGGUUGCUAAAAUUGAAAUAUACAAACCCCCGAUUCCACUGAAGUUGCGACUAUGUGUAAAAUGUAAAUGAUAAGAGAAUCUAAUUUCACGCAUUUGUCCCUUCUUGCUUGAUGUACAACCUCUCUCAGAUUUGCAAUGAGAGACGAGUCUGGACUGCUUUUUCUACCCUUCGAGCGCGUGCGGAAUGUGACAUGGCAUUGUUUUGCUCAAAUAAACAGGGAUGUCCCUGUAAGUUGCUUGGAUGGCAGCAUGUUGCACCAAAACCAGUACGCACCUUUCAGCGUUCAUGGUGCCUUCAAUUAUGUAGAAUUUUCCCAUGAAAUGGGCACAAAGAAUCCAGAUUGUCCUUUUCCUCUCUGGCACUGAGGACAUGAUAUCAUCCCUCCAUUCAUUUUAUGUGCCGCAUAUCCUCACGAGGGUCGCGGGGAGCGCUGAAGCCUAUCCCAGCUGUCAGCGGGCAGGAGGCGGCAGUACACCGUGAACCGGUUGCGAGCCAAUCGCAGGGCGCAUGGAGACAGACAGUGGCACUCACAACCACACCUCGGGGCAAUUUAGUGUCCAAUUAAUGUUGCGUGGUUUUUUUGGGACGCGGGAGGAAAAAUCAAGCAGGCACGUGGAGAACAUGCAAACUCCACACAGGCGAGGGCGGGAUCGAACCCAGGUCCUCAGAAGUGCGAGGCCAACACUUCAUCAGCUGCUCCACCGUGCCACCUGACAUGAUAUCAUGAUUUCCCAAAAACAAUUUGAAACGUGAACUCAUCAGACCGCAGCACACUUCUCCACUUUGCUUUAGUCCACCGCAGAUGAGGUCAGGCCCAGAAGAAACAGGCGGCGUUUCUGGUUCUGUCUUUCUUGAUCCAUGACUUUUGCUUUGCAUGUUAGAGUUUUAACUUGCAUUUGUAGCUGGAACAACAACUUGUGUUAACCGACGAUGAUUUUCUGAAGAUUUCCCGAGGCCAUGCGGCAAUAUUCUUUCGAUAAUGGCGCCAGAAGUCCACGGGCAUGGUUUUCGGCCUCGACGCUUACAUUUCUCUUGAGUUUCUGAAUCUUACCAAUGAUAACAAACAAAAAAAAUGUAUAUUGAGAAAUGUUGCUGUUAGACUGUUGGACUAUUUGCUCGCGCAGUUUUCACAAAAUGGUGAAAAUAAGUUGAAAUGUAUUUGAAAAUCAUUCUCUUCUGUUUUAGACAAUGUUCUUACUUCAGUGGAAUUGGGAUUACCAAAUCUCAGUUGUCUUCAGUUGAAUUAUUUUUAAAAAGUGACAAUUAUUUUGUGUUUAUCUUCAAAUCAUUGACAAAUGCACUUUGAAGACAUAUUGUGCUGUAUCCAUUUUUCAACAGUGACCUGCAUACUUUUACUCUCUGUAAUUAUUUGUAAUAUAUUGGAUACUGCACCUCACUGCUGACGAAAAACCUGCCGAACAUGAUUUUUAUUAGGUUUUAGUAUUUGUAAUGAAAACAAACGGGACAAGAAUGAAGACUUUUUUUUUUUUUUCGAUUCGACUUUUGUCCCGUUCUUGUGCUAAAGGGAUGAUUCCAUAAACGUGAAAUUCAAUGUACAAUACAGAAGAAUUGUAAUAUUCCAAAGGGCAAUUUGGUGACAAUGUAUAAUGAUAAGACGAGUGUGAAAUUAGAUUGUUGAAAACAUUUUAAAAUAAAUUUUGGAUGUUUGAUUCUCUUCAAAUAGUCUCUUUUGCCUUAAUAUGUCAGUGUAUGUAUGUACAAAAAUGAUAUUGUGUCACUCCAGAUCGUGCUUUCACUUUAUGUAUGUUUUUUUUCCCCCCUGCUAACAUUAGUCACGUGUUAACUUAUUUUGCCCGCAAGCAAUUUACUUUUUCUUUUACCCAAAGAAUAAUGGCAUGAGAAAAGUCAUAAUUGCUGUGUCAGUGAAACGCUUUCAAUAAAUGUCUAAAUUCGUUAUAUCAUAAAUCGGAAUAAAAUCAUUUCUUUGUGCUGUUUUUCCUGCGGUCUAACCCAAUUACAAGCACCCCAAAAAAAAGACACAGAAUCACAAUAGCAGUCUUCAUUGCAAUCAAUGAACUUAAUUGCAAUUUAAG